AUGGUGGAACAGUGUGGCGGAACAGUGGAACAGUCAUGGUGGAACAGUGGAACAGUGUGGGGGCACAGUGGAACAGUGAAAUGGAACAGUGUGGUGGAACAGUGGAACAGUCAUGGUGGAACAGUGUGGUGGAACAGUGGAAAAGUCAUGGUGAAACACUAUGCUAGAACAGUGGAACAUUGAUGGUAUAACAGUGUAAUGAAAAGGUGGAACAGUAAUGGUGGAACAGUGUGAGGGCACAGUGGAAUAGUAAGGUGGAGCAGUGUCGUGGAACAGAGGAACAGUAGAAAAGUCAUGGUCGAACAGUGUGGUGGAAAAGUGGAACAGUGAAGGUGGAACAGUGUGGUGGAACAGUGAAACAGUCAUGGUGGAACAGUGUGGAGGAACAAGGCAACAGUGAUGGUGGAACAAUGGGACAGUCAUGGUGGAACCGUGUGGUGGAACAGUGAAACAGUCAUGGUGGAACAGUGUGGUGGAACAGUGGAACAGUGAAACAUUGAUGGUGGAACAGCGUAAUGAAACAGUGGAAAAGUAAUGGUGGAACAGUGUGGGGGCACAGUGGAACAGUAAGGUGGAACAGUAAAACAGUCCUGGUGGAACAGUGUGGUGGAACAGAGGAACAGUCAUGGUGCAACAGUGUAGUGGAACAAUAGAACAGUCAUUGUGGAACAGUGGAACAUUGGUGGAGGAACAAGGUAAUGAAGCAGUGAAACAGUCAUGGUGGAACACUGUGGUGGAACAGUGGAACAGUAAGGUGGAACAGUGUAAUGGAACAGUGGAACAGUCAUGGUGGAAUAUUGUGGUGGAACAGUGGAACAGUCAUGGUGGAACAGUGUGGUGGAACAGUAGAACAGUCAUGGUGGAACAGUGUGGAGGAAAAGUCAAACAGUCAUGGUGGAACUGUGGUGGAACAGUGCAAAACUCAUGGUGGAACGGUGUGGUGGAACAGUGGAACAUUAAUGGUGGAACAGUGUUAUGAAAUAGUGGAACAGUAAGGUGAAACAGUGUGGUGGAACAGUGGAACAGUAAUGGUGAAAAAGUGGAACAGUAAUUGUGAAACAGUAGAACAGUGAUGGUGGAACAGUCGAAAAGUAAUGGUGGAACAGCAAAACAGUAAUUGUGGAACAGUGCUGUGGAACAGUGGAACAGUGGAACCUUCAUGGUGGAACAGUGUAAUGAAACAGUGGAACGGUAUAGGUGGAACAGUGUGGGGGCACAGUGGAAAUGUAAGGUGGAACAGUGGAACAGUCAGGGUAGAACCAUGUGGUGGAACAGUAGAACAGUCAUGGUGGAACAGUGUGGUGGAACAGUGGAACAGUCAUGGUGGAACAGUGUGGUGGAACAGUGGAACAUUGAUGGUGGAACAGUGUAAUGAAAUAGUGGAACAGUAAAGUGGAACAGUGUGGUGGAACAGUGAAACAGUCCUGGUGGAACAGUAUGGCCGAACAGUGGAAGAGUAAUGGUGGAACAGUGGAACAGUAAGGUGGAACAGUGUGGUGGAAGAGAGGAAGAGUCAUGGUGGAACAGUAGAACAGUCAUGGUGGAACAUUGUGGUGGAACAGUGGAACAGUGAUGGUGGAACGGUGUGGUGGAACAGUGUGGUGGAACAGUGAAACAGUCAUGGUGGAACAGUAUGGUGGAACAGUGGAACAGUGGAACAGUGAUGGUGGAACAGUGGAACAGUAAUGGUAGAACAGUGGAACAGUAAGGUGCAACAGUGUGGUGGAACAAAGGAACAGUCAUGGUGGAACAGUAGAACAGUCAUGGUGGAACAGUGUGGUGGAAAAGUGGAACAGUGUGGUGGAAAAGUGGAACAGUCAUGGUGGAACAGUGUGGUGGAACAGUGGAACAUUGGUGGUGGAACAGUGUAAUGAAAUAGUGGAACAGUAAGGUGGAACAGUGGAACAGUUGUGGUGGAACAGUGUAAUGAAAUAGUGGAACAGUAAGGUGGAACAGUGUCGUGGAACAGUGGAACAGACAUGGUGGGACAGUAUGGUGGAACAGUCAUGGUGGGACAGUGUGGUGGAACAGUGGAACAGUGGUGAUGGGACAGUGGAACAGUAAUGGUGGAACAGUGGAACAGUAAUUGUGGAACAGUGAUGGUGGAACAGUGGAACAGUAAUGGUGGAACAGUGGAACAGUAAUUGUGGAAUAGUGGGGUGGAACAGUGGAACAGUCAUGGUGGAACAGUGUGGUGGAACAGUGUGGUGGAACAGUGGAACAGUAAUGUUGGGACAGUGGAACAGUAAGGUGGAACAAUGUGGUGGAACAGUGGAACAG